AUGAAAGUAGAUACAGAUAAACUUAGCAUUAGAGAUAUAAGAGCUAAAGCUUAUGCCUUAGCUCUAUCAGCAAAAAAUGCCAAUGCUGGCUCAUUACAUCUCACUCAUCUUUGUAAAGAAUUAAGGAACCUUAAUGCAUCACUUGAGAUAAUUGAGUAUCAAUUGAAAAAAACUGAAGCUAAACGUAUCAAUUAUCUAGAUGAAUUUAUAUUAGAAUCAGUCAAAGAAAGAUUAGAUGUGUAUGAUAUUAAAACUUUACCUGAUUGUCAGGCUCUUGCUGAUAUUAUAGUGAUACUUUGUAUUCAUCCUGCUAAACUUAAAACUUUACGCAUUACAGAUGUUGGAGUAAUAGGAUAUGCGAAAAAUUGA